AUGAAUACAGAUUUAUAUGCUCACUAUGCGCAGCUGCUGAUGGGUACGAACCUAGAGGUGAGGCGGUCACUCAUUGGACAGAGGUCGCGCGCAAACAAGCGACUGAGCAAACGAGCCACUUUCCGCCAGGGUGAAAUGAAAGGGUUAUUUCUCACCGAAAAUGCCGAAGAGGGCACACAGGUUAUUGUUGAAAACCCCCUAAUCUGCUGGCUUCACCCAUCCUAUGUCAAGGAGGUCUAUACCGAUAAGCAAACAAGCAGUCAACACGGCCGUACCCACGAUGAGUUUGAUUCGCCUCGGGAACAGAUCAGCCCCGCGGUCCAGACUCCACGCGAACGCCUGGACUUAACGGCUCGCAAUUCACUAUCAAAGUACGUCAUUCAGCCCACCAAUGAGAAGCGUUACUGUUUUUGUUGUCUUUCUUCAAUCAAAGGCCAGCCCGUUCCAUGUAAGCACCGCAAGGAAAAUGCGUUUUCGUGUCGGCAUGAAUACUGCUCAGAGAAUUGUCGUGAACGGCAUUACAUUCUUGGUCAUGUAGCCCUAUGUGUUUCCCUCUGGCCAGACAUCGCCGAAGAUAUUCUGCAUACCAUCCACGACUGCCCAGAGCUAUGUGCCCCCUUCUCUGCAUAUAACGUCCUGGAGAUUAUGGCCCAAAUUAUGUGCAAAGAGGCCGCGUAUCUAAUGGAGAUAGAGGACGAAGCACUGAGCCUCCAAUACGCAUUUAUGUACUAUGCAUAUCUGGAGCCUGGAAAUCAGGCCCGGAAGACAAAGCUGAGUUCUUCACAAAACCUCCCCAAUGUGGUUUUUCCAGAUAUAGGUCGUGUUUUCGAGAAACUUAUCCCAGACGUAUCAUUUGCGGAGCAUUAUUUUCUAUUAACGAGGGCAACACUUUUGGGAGCUCAAAUGUUUAACUAUUUUGUGUGCAUAUUAUUAACAAAUAGCUAUAGCAUAGAGGAUAAGACCGGACAGGAGAUAGGCGCAGGCCUCUAUUCUCUAAUAUCUUGCUGCAACCACAGCUGCACACCUAAUGCUCAAGUUAUUUUUGGAGAUAGCGAAAAUGCGCGCGAAGCCACGCUUGUUCUAUUGCGGCCGUGUGCCCAAAAAGAGGAACUUUAUAUCUCAUAUAUUACGGACCUGGGUCGCUCGGUGGUCGAGCGUCGGCGUGAGCUUGCGCAGUGGUGCUUUACCUGUCAAUGCACGCGCUGUCUUGCCGAGUUAUCUUUGGAAUAA